AUGCCGCCUAAUCGGGGCCGUGCCUCGCGGGCAUGUACCUCAUGCAGGAAGCAAAAAACCAGAUGUUACGAGCCCGGUAUUCCUGGGCGAGCCUGUCUUCGCUGUGAUCGACUCCGCCAACAAUGUUCACUUGUCCAAAUUGAUGUAUCGGAUGAGGAACCUGUAGCCCCCGCAUCCGGUACGGAUGUUCGCUUGGAACGCCUGGAAAGGUCUGUGGCUGCAUUACUCGAUCGACUUGGAGAGGGCCCUCCAAGGACCCCAGGCCAUGAGACCAGCAGACCUUCCACCGCACAGACGGCCGAGUCUGAAGUGCCAUACAAGGAGACGGAAUCUUCCGCGGCUCCAAUCAUGGUCAUUCGCGAUCUGGCGACGGAUACCGGCCCUAAACCAUCUUCCGACAUCCGGUCGAUGAGUGCGGAUUUGGAUGAUCUUAUUGCGCCUGAUCUUGCACUUACGCUAAUUACUAUUUUCCUCGAGUAUUACGGUCGAUGGGUUCUUUUUGACCCUGACUGUGAGCCCGCUGAGCUUCUCCGCCGAGUAAAAAAAUCACCCUUAUUGUUUUGUGCCUGUUCUCUGAUCGCUGUCCGGCAUACUUCCGAGGACCUGGCUGUGAGCCUUGCUCCUAAGCUCUACGAACAUGCCCGCUCUCUGGCCUCGACUACUCUUUUGAUAGCGCCACAACCAAUUGAGUUCUUCCAAGCGGCCCUGAUUCUUUCUAUGUGGUCGACGACAGUGGGCCAAGUACCCUUGAGCAUUGAUAGCUGGCUUUUGAGCGGUUUUGCUCUGCAGCACUCACAAUCAAGUCCGCUAUUUACUGUAGUCACAACCCAGUCACACCCUCCAAAUAGGUUGGACGAGGCGACUAUGGAUCGUUGCUAUUUAUGGAACCAUCUUUGUCUUGCUCACAUGCAUUACUGUGUUGGUACCAGUCGUCGAUCUAUGUUGCAACCCUGGCAAAUUGAAAGAUGCCGCGCUGUCAUAGAUUCCGACCACGCGAUUAACUUUGAAGUGCGCAUGGUUGCUGAAAUUUAUCUCUACUGGACUGUCUACGAGCACUUGAUACAUGAGUCAGUCGAUUUAUUAAAAUCAGUCGCAGCUUUACAGACAUGGAAGAGGAAAUGGGAAUUCGUCCUUGACCAGCCAAGAUCGCAAUUCUUAUCCAUGGGCUUCCACUUCUCCCACCUCCUUCUAUAUGAACACGCCCUAAAAUCCAAAUCCGCCCGAGCCAGGGAAUCAGUCGUUUCAGAAAUGAUCCGCCAUUCCACCGCGAUCGUCCAACUAGCCAUGGAUACGGUAGAUGAGCGAACCCGCCAUUUGACCGAUCACAUCUACCACAUGAUAACGUUCGCCGCCAUUGUCAUCUGUCGCCUGUCAACUGCGUACCAAGAACAAGUCGCUUCAACCCAUAACAUCGAUGAGCUGGACUCAUUGGUGCAUGAUCUCGUGCAAUGGCUGUACUGCAUUGGAUUACCGUGCCACGCAGCACAUACCCUAGGCAAUAUUAUCGCCAAGGUUCAUCAGAAGCUUAGACCUCGUGUAGAGGCAUCGCCGCCAGAUGCACCACCCGACGAGAUGCUGAAUGACUUCAAUUAUUAUUUCCCCGAGUUUCUUGGGUUGGGGAUGUCUGCUGAUGGGAAUUGGGAUCUUCUCUCUAAUAUGGGGCUUUUCCCGCAGAGUCCAGAGAGUUCAAGGCGGCCUGAUUGA